CUCCUGCAGGGACUUCAGGAUGAAGCAAGGUUUUUACAUUAGCAAGGCUUUGACAGUCGCAUGUGUCUUCUUGGCAGUCAUUGGUAUAGUUAUCAUAAUCUCAUUGGUAGUUGUCUACUCCGAGGAGAGAGCGAAGAAUGAGGACAAUACUGUCACCCCUAUUCAGAGCAGCAGACCCAGCACAUCCACUACCUUGUGGACUACAACUUCCACUGCCAUGAGCACCUCUCAACCAAAAAAACCAUGGAAUUACAUCAGACUCCCCAAGACUUUGAUUCCGGAAUUUUACAAUGUGACACUUUGGCCAAGGCUUACCCAGCCCAUCAAUGGCAUGUACAUCUUCACUGGAAAUUCUACUGUCAAGUUCACUUGUAAAGAAACAACCAACGUGAUCCUGAUUCAUUGCAACAUGUUGAAUUUGACUGUGUUUAAUGGCCACCGUGCAGUCCUCACCGCUGGAGAUGGAGCAAACCCUCCAGCCAUCAUAAACAGCUGGUGGGAGAAAGAUACUCAGUAUCUGGUGCUGCAGCUACAGGGAGAACUGCAAGCUGGGAAGUCCUACAGCCUCUUCACAGAGUUUACUGGGGAGCUGGCGGAUGACCUGACCGGCUUCUACCGCAGUGAAUACACGGAAGAUGGAGAAAAGAGAAUUAUUGCAACCACCCAGAUGCAACCUACAGAUGCAAGGAAAGCGUUUCCCUGUUUUGAUGAACCAGCCUUGAAAGCCCGGUUCUCAUUCACAGUCAUCCAUGAGCCUCAGUUCCUUGCCUUGUCUAACAGUCCUUUGGCAGAAACAAAGCAGCUCAUCAUAGAAGGCAUUACAUGGAACGUCAGUAAAUUUGAAGAAACAGAAAUCAUGUCCACCUACCUCACGGCAUUCAUAGUCUGUGACUUUGCUAACGUAGAAGUUGUGGAGGAGAAUAUUUUGGUUCGCAUUUGGGCUCGCAAGGAAGCAAUUUAUAAAGGACAUGGAAACUACUCUUUAAAGGCUGCAGCAUCAAUCCUGAACUACCUCGAAACUUACUAUAACAUCUCAUACCCACUACCAAAGUCAGACCAGAUUGCUGUCCCAGAUUUCAAUUUUUUUGCCAUGGAAAACUGGGGCUUGCUUGUUUAUCAUGAGAAUGGCCUUCUGCUUGAUCCAAAUGAUUCCUCGACUCAGAACAAGGAGGCAAUUGUGCUCAUUCUUGGUCACGAAUUGGCUCAUCAGUGGUUUGGCAAUCUGGUUACUUUGAAAUGGUGGAAUGACCUGUGGCUCAAUGAAGGCUUUGCAUCCUAUGUGAAGUAUCUUGGAGCUGACUUUGUUGAACCAUCCUGGAGCAUUAAAGACCUGUUUGUUGUCUAUGAGGUCCAUUAUGUCUUUGGAGUUGAUGCCCUUCCAUAUUCUCGUCCACUAAGUGCCAAAGAAGAAGAGAUCAACACGCUUGAAGACAUUAAUGGGGUUUUUGAUGCCAUCACCUACAGUAAGGGAGCUGCGGUGCUGAGAAUGCUCUCCAGUUUUUUAACAGAAGACCUCUUCAGGAAAGGACUCAGCUCUUACUUGAAGGCCUUCCAAUUUAGAAAUACUGUCUACCUGGACCUUUGGAAUCAUCUGCAACAGGCAGUAAACGAACAGCAGAACAUCCAGCUCCCCACAUCAAUUAGCGACAUCAUGAACCACUGGACAAGGCAGAUGGGCUUUCCCCUGGUUACAUUCAACACAACAAGUGGGGAAAUCUCCCAGAAACAUUUUCUCCUGGAUCCAAAGGCCAUUGUCAAAAGGACAUCUGAAUAUAACUACACGUGGCAUAUUCCAAUUAGCUGGAUGAAGAGUGGCAAUCUGCAGCCUCUAGGAUGGCUCCUAAAUAAGUCAGAAACAAAGCUUGAACUUAAGGUGACUGGAGCCGAGUGGGUGCUGGCAAACAUCAACGUCACUGGAUACUACAGAGUUAACUAUGACAUGCAGAACUGGGAGAGACUUCUUUCACAGUUACAAAGGGACCAUUCAAUCAUUCCCAUAAUUAAUAGAGCUCAGAUCAUCAGCGAUGCCUUCAGUCUUGCACAGGCAGACUAUAUCCCAAUCAUGCUGGCCCUCAACACCACCAGGUAUCUCUCUAAAGACACCGAAUACAUACCAUGGACUUCAGCCCUGGAAAAUCUGAAGCAUUACUUUCUUAUGUUUGAUCGCUCAGAGGUUUAUGGACCAAUACAGGCUUACCUCCGGAAGCAAGUUCACCAGUUGUAUGAGCAUUUUGAAAACAUCACAGAAAACUUCAAGGAAAUCCCAUCUGCUCUCACAGCUCAAUACAGCCAGAGGGUUGCUGUGUGGAUUGCCUGUGAGCAUGGACUGAAGAAGUGCCGCGACUUGGCUUCUAGACUGUACAAACGAUGGAUGGAUAAACCCUCCGCCAACCCCAUUCAUCCAAACCUGAGGUCGCUCAUCUACUGCAGUGCGAUUGCUUCAGGAGGAGUGGAGGAGUGGGAUUUUGGAUGGAAAAUGUUCAGGAAUACAACAUUCACUGCUGAAUCUGACAGGCUGAGAUAUGCCCUUUCUUGUGCAAAGGAGCCUUGGCUAUUGAAUAGAUAUUUAGAAUAUUCCUUGAAUCAAGAAUACAUUCGAAAGCAAGAUUCCAUAUCUACCAUAAGUUACAUUGCAAGAAACGUGGUGGGACAGUCUUUGGUUUGGGACUUCAUUCAAUCCCGUUGGGAAACUCUGUUCAAUAAGUUUGGCUCCAGCUUUUUCCUGUUUUCACACAUCAUAGAUAAUGUAUCUGAGAGAUUUGCAUCGGAAUCAGAGCUCAGACAGCUUGAGCAGUUCAGGAAGGACAAUGAACACAUUGGCUUUGGUAUGGCAGCACCGACUAUUUCCCUGGCUUUGGAGAGAACCAGAUCAAAUAUCAAGUGGGUGAACAAAAACAAGCAGGAGGUGCUAAAGUGGUUCCAGCGGGCCUCAGAGUAGCACAGAAAUGUCAUGGCCAUUAUCUUGGAUGGGUCACAUCUGACAUUGACAUGCUGAGCAGGAAGACAUUGAAGGCCUUGAGGCAGUGGCAUAACUAGAACUUGAUGGGCCCAAUUUCUAAAAAAUAAAUUAGUAACCCCCCCAUGUUAAAAUAUGUUUGAAAAUGACCACCGUCAAAGAGAUAUGUCAAGCAUAAAAGCUAUAUAAAAUCAUAAUUAACCUUUAUGGAGUUGUGGAAAUGCUGUCAUCAUUAAUCUUUUCUUUCCAGUGUUAACUAGGCAAAUGUGUUAAUAAUAAGACUUUUAAAACAACAACCAUGCGGUCAAUAUGGGUCCCCUGGUCCCAUGGACCCUGGUUCAAAUGCAGGCUACACUACCUAGUGUUAUCCCACUGCCCUGAGGUCUUGAGAGCCUCUCUGUUUUAUGCUAUGUCUUGUCUUUAUAGCAGCACAUUAAUGUCACCUGGUUUGGCAGAUGUGUGCUGUGUAGGGUGUCAUAUAAAAUAAAAAUAGAGGAUUAAAACCUAGAGAAAGUGGCAUGAUUUACUUUGAGACACCAAUUUGAAAUUAGGAGUUCAUCUGGAGUUCCAUUCAGCCAACAGUAAACAAAUGCCUUUAAGAAAUUGGAAGCAAUAAAAAUUCACAGCAGUGGACAUUUUCAAAUUUUAUUACUUUAUGUAUAGGAUCAUUAUUGUACAGUGAAAUUAUGUUAGAAUAUUGAACCUUAAAG